UCUAUACAUUUUUAUCUUUUGCGAAACGUAUUGCACAUAUUUAUUUGAGUGUGCGAUGAAAAAGAAAGAGCAGUAAGUUCUUUUUAGAAAGAUUUUUGUAUAAGAAAAAUGGCUGACCGUGAUAGUGCAUCUGAAAGCGACUCAAGCUCGAUCGACGGAGGGCCGAUAAUGAUGCCACCGUCUCCCGUAACCAGAGAACAACUUCAAAAAAGGAUUGAGUCACUACAACAGCAUAAUCGUGUUCUUAAAGUUGAGCUAGAAACGUAUAAAUUAAGAGUAAAAGCAUUACAAGAAGAAAAUCGUGGUCUUCGUCAAGCCUCUGUCAUUAUACAAGCUAAAGCUGAACAAGAAGAAGAAUUUAUAAGUAAUACAUUAUUAAAAAAAAUUCAAGCCCUUAAAAAAGAAAAAGAAACGUUAGCACAUCAUUAUGAACAAGAAGAAGAAUGUUUAACAAAUGAUUUAUCAAGAAAGUUGAAUCAAUUGCGUCAGGAGAAAUGUCGAUUGGAACAAACUUUAGAACAAGAACAAGAAUGUCUUGUAAACAAAUUAAUGAGAAAGAUAGAAAAACUUGAAGCAGAGACACUUGCUAAACAAAGCAAUCUAGAGCAGUUACGUAGAGAAAAAGUAGAGCUUGAAAAUACACUUGAACAGGAACAAGAAGCAUUAGUAAAUAAAUUAUGGAAAAGAAUGGACAAAUUGGAAGCAGAAAAACGAAUGCUUCAAAUAAAAUUGGAUCAACCUGUAUCAGACCCUGCUUCACCAAGAGAAAUUAAUAAUGGUGAUACUGCUACUAGUCUGAGUACACAUAUUCAAACAUUAAGAAGUGAAGUAGCCAGACUAAGACAUACAUUACUCAUCUCACAACAAGAACAUACGGAAAAAAUGCAGCGGUAUGUGAAUGAAGAAAAACAAAUUCGUGAAGAAAAUUUAAGACUUCAGAGAAAAUUGCAGCUGGAAGUAGAACGUCGUGAAGCUUUAUGUAGACAUCUCUCUGAAUCAGAAUCUAGUUUGGAAAUGGAAGAAGAACGGCACUACAACGAAAUUGUGAUGUCUGGUGGAAAUAUAAGAAAUCGCACUGUAUCUAGCCCAGUACCAUACAAUCCUUCACCUAGUUCUUCUAGGCCAUUAAGUCCGGGCUCAACAACUAGAGAGGGAUUUAACACAAAUCGAUGUUAUGCCUGUGGCCAACCUACUACAAUUCCAUUUGCGAGUUCAUCACCUCCUUCCACUAGCCAUGUGGUAACAUCAUCCAACAGACGCACAUCAGAUAGAUUUGUUAAACCUGCAAUUCCUCCAACUAUUAUAAGUCCAAGUGGUCCACCAAUUGCCUCUAAUACGGCUUCAAAUGCAACUGGAGGGUCACCAAUGGAUAUUACUAAAACAUAA